AUGAAGUCAUCAAUGAACAUCCGCAGCGGUGUCGAGCUUGCUGUCCGUGGACUUGGUCAGGUGGAGAGGGAAGCUCCUCCAACGGGGCGUCGCCGUGGCGCCCCCAACGAACAGAACACACUUUACGAUGAAAAACCGAAGGCGGUCCAGGGGGGCCGUUCGGGGAACUUCAGGAAGAAGGCCAGCCUGCAGCUGACUCGCAGCACCUGGAUCCUCCCAUUGGCCGUCCGGGCCGGAGAGCGGUUCCUGGCCCAGGGACUCCCCAGCCUCCCGAAGGUGGUGCCCCCAGGUGCCCCCAAUUGGAAAAGGUGA